UAUUCAUUCUGCAUUGCACUAUCAAAUGGCUGCAACGGGCCCGUUCUUUAUUGGCGUCGCGGGCGGCACUGCGUCCGGCAAGACGACCGUGUGCGAGAUGAUUAUGAGCCAGCUCGGCAUGAAUGACAUUGACCACAAGGAGCGCAAGGUUGUCAUUCUGCAUCAGGACAGCUUCUAUAAGGUCCUCACGCGGGAGCAGAGCGAAGACGCAGCGCGCGAGGCAUACAAUUUUGAUCAUCCAGACGCAUUCGACUAUGAACUCAUCGUCUCAACGCUGGACAAGCUGACAUCGGGCCAACCUGCCGAGAUUCCAAUUUACAACUUUAAGACCCAUUCACGAGAGAAGGAAACAAUCCUGCUGGACAAGCCAGACGUCGUCCUGUUUGAGGGCAUUCUCGUGCUGUAUUCUGAGCAGCUGCGCAAGCUCUUGCACAUGAAAUUGUUUGUCGACACGGAUGCAGACACGCGACUUUCUCGACGUGUUUUGCGCGAUAUUGCCGAGCGGAACCGACAGGUGGAAUCAGUGUUGCGACAAUACCUAGCUUUCGUGAAGCCGGCCUUCGACGAGUACAUUUUGCCAACGAAAAAGUACGCCGAUGUCAUCAUUCCUCGUGGCGCUGACAACCUGGUUGCCAUCAACCUCAUCUCGCAGCACAUCAAGAAGAUUGUCAACACGCCUGCUUCCAAGCGAAGCUACGCUUCGGCGCAGGCCAGCCAUCUGCCAAGUGACAUUUCUGCCUCCAGCAGCGGCUUGGAGCUCAAACGAUCUGUCAGCAAGGACAAAUCUGAAGCCGUUCGCCCUCACUAAUACAGCGGACAGUACGUCAUUUGUCUGUUUCUUUCCUGCAAAACUAACAUCCAACUUUAUCAACGCAAAUAAACCUGGUAGUCUGCUCUCGUGUCCAGUUGUGUGGAAAGCAGCAGCUGCAAAAAGUAUCAGCAACAUUUCGCAUGAGCUUUAUUCCAGCACUACAAAACAAUACAAUACAAUACAAUACAAU